UCAGCCUCGGCUAUAAGACUAUCCAACCCCCCCUCUAGCAACAUACAACCGACCCCCUACCUACCCCGUCUAAUAGAUAUACAUCAGCCAUCAUCGACUAGUAGAUAUCCAAUCCCUUCAUACACUACAUACCACACAAACCCCAGCUCAAAUAAACCAAUAACCCGGUACCCAACCAAGUCCAGUACACAUUCUCAAGGCAUCAGAAUGCCUAUACCGACCACGCGGGACUACAACGAACUGAACGAGUUCGAACGCCACGUGCACAGCUUAUCAGAGGGACCACCUCCCCUAGACCCAGACACAAAAACAUGGGACUAUUCCCCACAAACCUGCAACCUGCGAUUCGAGGCCGCGAGUCGCGGGCCCCCGGCCGCAAGCUGCUCGUAUCUCUUCACCACCGUACCGGAGCUCUGUAACUUCAUCGGAAACCUGCACGGCGGGUGCGCCGCCACCAUCGUGGACUGCCUCACCUCCGUGCUGAUGCUGGCGCUGUCGAGCCCCGGCCACUUCUCCACGGCGGGCACCACGCGGAAUCUCCAUUUGACCUACAUCCGUCCGGUACCCGUGGGGACCGAGGUCCGCAUCGUCUGCGAGAUGGUAAAUAUGGGGCAGCGGAUGGCGUUGGUCAAGGCGGAGAUCUGUCGCGCUGAGGAUGGGAAGGUUUGCAUCGUGGCGGCCCAUGAGAAGGUCAAUUUGGAUGGCUCGUCGUUGUGAAUGGAAAAUAUGGGAUGGACCCCCGGGGUAUGGUUUGGUUGGAGAGGAAGGAGACAGAACUUAUGAGAAGGCGAGGGGGCGACGAUUACUCAUAUAGUUAUUCGCUUCUUCUCUCCACUGGGUUUAUUCUUGUUCUACUUGUCUCUUGCUCAUUUCUCUCACGUUCGGGAU